AUGAAGAACAGCUUGGGAUGCACAAUUCCUGGUUUCUCGCCUCAUUUUAAUCCACAUGACAACAACUAUCAUAGACCUCAGCGAUUUGUAUUUAGAAAUGGAAUACCAUUGGAAGAAGACUCAGAUGCCAAAGCUCCAAAAAUUUCUCGUGCCGCUCGUUUACUAGGGAAUGAUAUGUUCAAUUACAAUGCUGCACCAGUUUUAACAUUUGGAGCAUAUUAUCGAGAUCCACUUGGUGAAGGCUUUAAAUCGACUACAAGAUAUCGAAAAUGCAACGUGUUAUACUUUUUAGAUGACGAUGAUAUGAAGAUCUAUGAGCCUCCUCAGAAGAAUAGCGGAUUGCCUCAAGGAUGCAUAGUCGCCAAAGGGAAAUUUAUAAAACCUGAAGGGGGUUUCUACACCAUAGACGAUCUAAAUAUAGGAGAAACUUUAUUCGUGAACGGAAGGGAGUAUAAACUAAUUAACUGCGACAGCUUCACCAGGAAUUUUUUGAUUGAAAUGGGAUACAGAGUGCGAUCGCCUCAGCCCGAUCCUGUCGAUCCUAUAACUGAAGAUAGAAAUGAAAUGAAUUCCCUGCGUUCUUAUCGAAAACCAUAUGUCAAGGAUUAUAAAGUGGCAACAUUUCUGAAAAACCAUCCGAAACAUUUGCGUUUCUAUGGCGUCUACGGAGAAGACAAGCAUCUGUUCGAGGAGGAAAGAGAGUGCACUCUCUAUUAUGAUCUUGCUCAUGGAACUAUACAGCUCGUAGAGGAGCGAAAUGUCAACAAAUGGAUUGAUGGAAGAUUUGAUACCAAAGUUUUGCUACGGCCUACAAAAGUUCCAAAGAGAAUGAACAUUGAGAUUUCUCUGGAAAAUGGGUUGAUAGCGGGACAGAGGUGA